AUGGCUGCAUCAGUAGCCAAGGACGAAGUCCGCCCUGAGGCUUCCGAAACCCGCCCGCAAGAAGAGAGCAAGAAAGAGAUCAAGAAGGAGGAGGAGCACCAUGCCGCCGAUGAUAGCCAGAUCCAGCGCGCUGAGGCGGACCUGGCCACCGCCAUCAUCGAGAAGCAGGCCGAGAAGGGCGUCUUCCUCGAGGACUUCCCGACAGAGGAGGAGUUGCGGACGCUGCGCCGUGUGGCCGACCACAUCCCCUUGAAGGUCUUCACCAUUGCUUUCAUUGAGCUUGUAAGUCACCGAUUCCCUUACCUUUUCAGGCUAGUGCCAAAAUCUCACGAUAGCUUCUUCACAGACCAAAACUAUAUUCAAUGGCCACUUCCCAAGGGCUCCAACACCGGCGCAGGAGGUCCAGACGGCCAAUCUGGUGCCCUCGGCAUGGGACAACGCGCAGGAACAGGACUCACGACUUAUAACCAAUUCUGGAACUACUGUUUACCAUUGGCCGGUGCUUACAUAGCUGAUACUUACUGGGGCCGGUAUAAAACUAUCUGUGUUGCGCUGGCCGUAGAUAUCAUCGGCCAUAUUAUCCUCAUUAUCUCGUCCAUUCCGCCGGUUAUCACCAAGCCGCACAACAGCCUGGCUGCGCUCAUUAUGGCCAUUACGGUCAUUGGUCUCGGUACGGGCGGUUUCAAGCCCAACAUCAACCCGCUGGUCAUCGAGCAGCUCAAGAUCGAGCACAUGAAGGUCCGGACCCUCAAGUCAGGCGAGCGCGUUAUUGUCGACCCGGCCAUCACCGUCAACCGCGUCUACAACUGGUUCUACCUCUUCACCAACGUCGGCGCCCUCGUGGGCCAGCUGACCAUGGUCUACGCCGAGAAGUACAGGGGGUUCUACCUCGCCUUCCUCCUGCCCACCAGCAUGCUUGCCAUCUGCCCCCUCGUCAUGUGGUGGGCACGGAAAAGGUACGCAAGGCGCCCCCCUGCUGGCUCGGCCAUCCCCAAGGCCUUCAAGACGUUUGGCCUGGCGAACAAGGGGCGCUGGCACCUCAACCCCGUCCGCACCGUCAGGCACCUGCGCGACGGCACCUUCUGGGAGAGCGUCAAGCCUUCCAGGUUUGCUCCCGGCACCAAGCCCAAGUGGAUGACCUUUGACGAUGCCUGGGUGGACGAACUUCGACGCGGCUUUUCCGCGUGCGCCGUGUUCUUUUACUUGCCCAUCUUCUGGUUAACCUAUGGCCAGAUCAACAACAAUCUCAUCUCGCAGGCGGCGGUCAUGAAGCUCAACGGCCUGCCCAACGACAUCUUUACCAACCUGGACCCUAUCGCCCUGAUCAUCUUCAUCCCGAUCUGCGACUUCCUCCUCUACCCGGCGCUGCGCAGGAUGAAGGUGCGCUUCACGCCCAUCCGGCGCAUCAGCGCCGGCUUCAUCACGGGCUCCUUCGCCAUGGUCUGGGCCGCCGUGGUCCAGUACUACAUCUACCGGGACUCGGAGUGCGGCACGCACGCCUCGGGCAAGCUGCCCAGCGGCGAGCGGUGCGCGCCCGUGGGGAUCAACGUCUGGGCGCAGACGGGCUCGUACGUGCUCAUCGCGCUGUCCGAGAUCAUGACCAUCAUCACGUCGUUCGAGUACGCGUACAGCAAGGCGCCCAAGAACAUGCGGUCCAUCGUGCAGGCCGUCAUGCUGUGCCAGAACGCCAUCUCGUCGGCCAUCGCCGAGGCCUUCGUCUCGCUGUCCGAGGACCCGCUGCUGGUCUGGAACUACGGGUCCAUGGCCGUGCUGGCCUUUGCCGCCGGCUGCCUCUUCUGGCUGCACUUCCGCCACCUCGACUACGAGGAGGACGAGCUCAACGAGCUGCCCGAGGGCAAGCUGUUCGCCGACCAGGACGAGGAGAGCCUGCGGGGCGCCGAGGUGCCGAACACCACGGGCGAUAAUGCUGGCGCUGCAGCACCCGCGCCCAGGGCGACGGGGGCUGCUGCCGGGGCUGCUGCGGCGACGGGGACGGAGAAGUGA